GUCCCGGUCCCGGUCCGCGCUGUCUGCCCUGGUCCCGCAGUCCUCCUGGUCCCGCUGGCACUGCCGGUCUCGCCGGCGCUGCCGGUCCCGGUCCGCUCCGUCCUGCCAGCACCGGUACACAGGCUCUCCACUCCUCUCCAGCACAAUGGCCUGCCAAGAGAGCGAGUACCUGGAUGACCAGAAGAAAUGCGUCCCCUGCAGAAAGUGCAUGCCUGGGCAGGAGCUUUCCAAGGACUGCGGUGACGGCAGCGGUGGGGACGCGCAGUGCGUGGCCUGCCCUCCCAGGAAGUUCAAGGACCGCUGGGGACACCAUGGCUGCAAGCCCUGCCUGUCCUGCACCCUCAUCAACCGCCUCCAGAAGUCCAACUGCACGGCGACGGCCGACGCGGUGUGCGGGGAGUGCCUGCCAGGGUUUUACCGGAAAGCACGGAUCAGCGGGCAGCUGGAAUGGGAGUGCAUCCCCUGCACCAAGCAGACGCCCUCCUCCGAGCCACAGUGUCGCUCCAGAACUAACCUGGUGAAGGUUGCCAUCCCCACUGUACCACCACAGGACACGGCCCUUCUUGCACUGACCAGCAGUGCCCUGAUCAUCAUUGUCCUGGUGCUUCUGGCACUCUCCAUCAUCUACUGCAAGCGGUUUUGGAAGAGCCAGUGCCAGCGAGUCUUCCUGAGGACUCAGAACUUCUCGGGCCAGCGAGCAAUGUUCCCGACCGCAGCGGCGCCCGGCAGGUUCCUGUGUGAGGAGCAGAUGUCUGGUCCCUGCUGCCUGGGUGUGAAGAACCUGAGCCCUUGCUAUAGGCAGGCAGAAGGCCCUGUGGAAGCGGUGCAGUUCAUUUCGGACGGAGAAGCUGUGGGUCUCCAGCUCCCCUCUCUCCAGCCAGAGAUGGACUUGCCGCCGGCCGUUGUGGUCAGCGCUGCCUCCAAGGCCCAGCUGGGCAGGAGCCUCCUGGAAAGCCAGCCCCUCAUCCGGGCCUCAGGCCACAGUGACUGCCUGGCCGGAGUCCUGCCGCCCCCCGCCCCAAGGCAGGGCCAGCCGGGCACGGUGGAGGCCCUGGCCCCCCUCUCCUCCUGCGCCUCCGAGAUGCAGCACAAGUGGCCACAUGCACCAGUGGAAUGCACCGAGCUGGACCUCCAGAAGUUUUCCACCCAGGCAGAGUUUGUGGGCAGCGAGCGGCCGGACGAUGCAACGAGCCAGGCAGUGAAGAGGAUCCCGGCAGAGAGCAGUGGUGUGGUGCAGGAGGAGGCCCAUCACUUGCCCCCCACCUUCCCAAAUCCCACUGCCGAUAUCCCCCCUGGGGAGCAGCCGGUGGAUGAUGCCCAGAGCCUGGUGACUCAGAUCAGCAGCGCAGCCAAGGGUCUCCUAGUAGCAGAGCUGCCACAUUCCUUGGUGCAGUCACUCGCCUUCUUGUUGGACCCUUCCUUGAACGGUGUGAAGAACUUCGGCCACGUGGCACUGGAGCUGGGGCUCGUGCCCCAGUUGCUGGGACGGAUCUCAGGGUUUGAGCAGCUCGUCGCACACUUCACAUACGCGGGAGCCGCCGUGACCGUCCCGCUGCUGGCACAGGCACUGCAGCGGCUCCAGCGGUUCGACGCCUUGCUCCUGCUCUGUGACUACUUCACACUCAGCCCAGUGACAGACCACCAGCACUAGAGGACACGGAGGGAUGAACAAAGCUCCAUGCACUGCUAGUGUGGGAGAGGAUCCAGUGGCCUUCAGUCACGUAACUUCGCCGGUGUGCUUGGGGGCAGAGCGUGGAGAUGGUCUUUGCAUCGUGGAAUGGAAGGAUGCGAGGGGUUCUGGGAAGCACAACUGUGCCUGCUCCCAGCUCCAUAUGGGAGGGCUCGCUCAGGCCUCUCCAGAGGCUGUUUUUCUCUGGCUGUGACACCCUUGGUCACUGUGCUGCCCGUGAUGCAGUGCUCUGGCUCUGCAGUGAGCCCCAUCCUGCCCCAGUCUUGCUAUGGGGUCCCUCAGCCAUGGGGCUCGGUCUCCAUGGGCAACACCCUCCUAUGGGCCUAGCCAUCGCCUCCCCUCCAUUCCAGCUUUUCUGUCCUUCCUUUGCUCCGUGCUGUGCUUUCCUAGGUGCCAGAUCCCACUUUACCAGUUUGCUUUUUGGUUGUUUCUCUUCCUCCAUGCUGGGAUUUCCUCAGCAGAGGACCUGGCCAUGGCUCACGUGCCGGGCUCCAGCCUUUGCCUCUCUGUGCCACCCUGGCACCUUCCCCUUUGUGUCUAUUUGUCCUGGCAGGAGUCUCAGACUGAUCCCCAGGAUGAGCUGGUGUACAUCUUUGUCCUGGGGCUGUGGCUGCUGGCCUGGGACAGGUGCUGGCUCACUCCCGGGCUCCGUCCAUGCCCCACAGCCAUCUGCUGCCCAUCGCCUCCAAGGCUUUGCAGUGGCACAGGGCAGCAGGGGCAGGGUCGCUGCACUGCUUUGCCCUGGGGAGCGGGUGGCAGCUGGGGGCUGAAGCCAUGACUGUGGUCGCAGUCAGUGAUGACGUCCCUGUGCCAGCCACAGCAGGGCCAGCUCCUCUUAAAAUAUUUUUCUUUUUUUUUUCCUGCCUAUAAAUGGCCUGAGUUCUCAUUCCUGGGAGUUGCUCCUGGGGAGGGGAGAGACCUUCUGCUUCUAAUUUCAUCCUGAGGGAUUUGUCAGAGUUUGCCGUGGUCCUGCUGCCACUGAGUGCCCCAGUUUCGGUUGCUGUGCCCGGGGCUGAGGACUGGAGGUGGUCAGGCUGUUCUCCCUGGGGCUCUGUCAGCGGCCCCGGACGGGCACGUUCCGGUGCGGGGCGCGGCGGCGCGGGGGCGGCGGGCACGCGGGGCUGCGGAUGCCGCUCCCGCGGGGUCACGGGUGGAGCAGCUGCCAGCGGGGCUGCGGCGGCAGCGCGGCUCGGUGCCAGGCGGCACUGACACCGGGGUCCAGUAAGGGUCACCCCAGCUGUCCCGAGACUCCCAGGCAGCACUGCCGAGGCUGAACCGGUGGUGCUCGCUCUGGCUCUGUUGCUCUGUCCCUCACGGCCGCGGUGGGUCCACCGAGCGCUGUCUGCGGUCCCGCCCAUGGCCGGGGGCUCCGGCCGAGCCGGCGGGCGGUGGAUGCCAGCAAGCGGCACUGUUACCCCGCCAGCCCCGCCUGCCGAGCCCGCAGGCUUUGCCUUUAUGUGACCACAGUACCUGGAAGAAGCGGGUGCCGUUCUGGGAAGGCAGCCCCCUCCAGUCCCGGGUAUUAAUAGCUGCUCGUGUUUCUUUUCCCUGUUCAGUGCUGUUGGGACUCAAACGCACCCAGGAUGUGCUCAGAUAAGCAGAGGCAUGGGCAGUUUCAACUGGAUCUGACACUUUCUCUCUGCUGCUUGUUUCUUCCACAGUCAAGGUCAUUUUAUUGCUCUUUGCUCCCCAAGACCUAAAGUGUUGGACCUUGUGCCAUUUGGGGCCGGGGUUAGUUGGACUCUUCCUGCACGCUCUGGUUUAUUAGGGAGCAGCCAGCAGUGUUGCUGCAACACACACAGCCUGGGGCCAGGGAUUUCCUGCUGGAGGUUUCUCUGCUGCAGGGAGAGUGCUGGCAUUAAUCACCUCAUGAAAUCCAAUAAAUAUUUAAUUCCUCAGUGGGCACACUUGGUCAGUUCCAGUGGGAAGGUGGAUAACUUCACCCACAGCAUCUGAGUAAGAACCUACCUGCAGCUCAGCUCACCAUUUCUGGCUUUGAAGUUGAGACUGGUCUGGGUGGCACGUGGGGUGCACAGAGCAGCAGCAGCCAGAGAGGAUGGCAGAGCCAGCCCCCUCCUGUCACAUGGCAGCAUCUGGAGCAAAGGCUGGGCAGGAAAGGCUGUUAAACUAAAACUGAAUAACAGGCACAUGUCACAGGUGCGUGCUGCAGGUCCUUCCAUGUGCUGGGCAGCUCUGCUGGUGUGCCAGGGUGGGGCAGGCUCUGGGCCAGCAGAUGGAGCGAGGCUUUAAUUCUUUAUUUUUCUCAGUUGAUAAAAAAUCAACCCCAUUCCCUUCAUAGCAAACUAUUAUUUUUCAGCUGUUGGAUGUCUAAGCAAUAUUAUUUACAGCCAAAACUUGACCCCUGCCUUGAUGAGGCAGUGCAUAGGAUGGGUGUGUGCCAUGCCGUGCGUGCUGUGUAGGGCAUUGUGUGCCAUGUCAUACAGAGUGAGUGGUGUGUGCUGUGCCAUGUGUGGUGUGCAGGGUGGUGUGUCCAUACCGUGUGUCAUGUGUGCUGUGCCGUGUGUGAUGUGUAGGGUGGUGUGUCCAUGCCAUGUGUGAUGUGUAGGGUGGUGUGUCCAUGCCGUGUGUGGUGUGUGCUGUGCCAUGUGUGGUGUGUAGGGUGGUGUGUCCAUGCCAUGUGUGAUGUGUAGGGUGGUGUGUCCAUGCCGUGUGUGAUGUGUAGGGUGGUGUGUCCAUGCCGUGUGUGAUGUGUAGGGUGGUGUGUCCAUGCCGUGUGUGAUGUGUAGGGUGGUGUGUCCAUGCCGUGUGUGGUGUGUGCUGUGCCAUGUGUGGUGUGUAGAGUGCUGUGUGCCAUGCCAUGUGCAGUGUGCAGGGUGAUGUGCUGGUGCUCAGGGUGAGUGUAUGCUGUGCCACAGCUCCUGCUCCACUGGUACUGCCCCUCAGGCCCCAGCCAUGCCACUGGAUGUGCUCCCUCGGCACUGGGCUGGCAGAGGCUGGUUUAAGGUGUGUUUUAACUGUUCUCAGUGCCCCUCUCAGAGCCUCACAUGUGGUAUCAGUGCAAGUCUCUGUGGCUGGUGCUCCAGCAGGGCUUGACAUUGCACAAGAGCGUUGCAGGACGGGGCUUUUCGGCAGUGAGGCCCCCCCAGCUCCCAGCAAAGGGCUGCUCCCCACUCUCGCUGUGUCCAUGGCAGGCACCUUCCUUCAGCUGCAGUGACAAAACCAGCUGUGUUUACAAGGGCCAAAAUUUCUACAGGUGGCCUUUGGCCAAUGCCCCUGGGGAUCCUUUGGCCAGCCUCCCUCAAGCCCAGCUGGAGCCCUCAGGGAACCAUGAGAGCCUGAAAACAGGGAUAAUACUGGGACAUCAGAAUUAUGCCUAUCCCUGCAUGAGGAACUGCUUCAGUGGGGAACUAAUGAACUUGAUACUUGACUUUUGCCUUUUAAUAGUAUUUUCAACACAAUACAUGGAGGGUAAGGGAAGGAAAUUCCCGUAGUGCUGGAUCUUGUGUCACAGCCUCAGGAAGCUGUUUGUGCCAAGCUGGCUUGGCUCUUGGGGAGGUGAAAGGAAUGAAACAACUCAGCAUCUGUGCAAACUUGAGCUGGGGCUGAACAGUGGAAACACUCCUGCAAUGGGGUUAUAUUUUACAAGCAAUUGGUUUUUGACACCAUUCUUGUCUGGAAGUCUGAUUUGCAGAGGAAUUUGUAUGAUAAGUUUAAAUCCAGCCCUGUUCUGAGAAGCUCUUAAGCAUGGACCUAAAAUAGGCACAUACUUCAGUGCUGGUAAAGUGUUCAUUCUGAUGAACAGUUGGGGAACAACCCUUGGAUGCUGCUCCUGAACAGGGUGCUCUGGAGAGCUGUCUCCUCACUGUGCUCUUACAGGAAUAGGCAAUACUGACAAAGACAUUGUUUUACUGAUCUGGGCACACUUCUUGGAAGGGUCUGCAAGUGUCGGGGGAAGAUGCCCUCUGUGUUGGAUUAUUUUAUACUGCAGACUUUGGUGCUUUUAAAAAAAAAAUAAUCACUACAUUUCUGUAGCCAUGGUUUACCCAGGGUAAUACAUGGUGUUUUUUAUGGUGGAUGUUAUUUUUCUUAAAGGUUACAAAUAGGUUAUUUAUAUUUUUGUAAAUUCUGUGUUGUUACCAUUGUAAUUCUGAUGUAGCAUUGCUUGUUAGGUUUGGGGUGUUGUCUGAGUUCAAAUCUAGCAGUAGCUGAAGCUCCUGCCUUCUGUGUUAAUGGUGGGAGUUCCCCCACAUUCCUCCAGACCUGGUGCUCUUGAGUGCUGUGUGUUUGUAGUUCAAUAAAUUUUGGAUCCAGA